AUGGAACCACAAACUUUUGUUCAUGGAUUCCCAUUUGUUGCAGUAUCAAUUGGUUUAACAAUCAACAAAGAACCUGUUGUUGGCGUUGUGUUUAACCCAUUUCUUAAUGAACUUUACACUGCAAGUAAAG